AGAUGUUAGAUCCGCUCACAUACUCGCAAGACAAACAUCUAACAACAUCCCAUAGAGGGUCACGUCAGAGGUCAAAUGUGCAACAGCCAAUCAAAUUUCUCGCUUCAUAUCGAUAGGGUAUUAUCCCACAAGUUCAUGCAUUGUUUACGUAAGGAAGAGAAAAAAUGGCAGCACCCACGAUCAUGACUUAUUUAUCGCGUGUUUUGUUUAAAUUUUAAACUAUGGCGAUAUCGGGGGAUCUUUUCAUGUAUACUUCAACAAAGAAGACAUUUAAGUAUCUGUGACUUCACAUUUGUCGAAAAAUUCUUUAGACGGAACGACAGCAGGACGAUGGGUAGAGGGAUGAUGUGGAUGAAAUGGAUAUUGCUCUUUAAAGUUUGUCAGCAUACACUCUGUAUUGAGGAACCAUACCGACCUGUCGAUAGGGACACCUCAUGUUUGGAGAUUAAAGUGGAGUCUCGCCUGAGCUGUAAUAAUAGAGAUCAAUUCUAUCACUGUCUUCUGGAUGAAAAUUACAUCAAGGAGUUUGAAGUUUGCAGGGACUGGAAAUGGAUCCCAGGAGGCAAAUGUGCAUAUUUCAACUCUUAUGGAAUAGGUAAUAUUGAUGAGAGGGAUUGCACAAAAAAUUCAACUUUAAAAUGUGCAACAGGGCAGUACCGAUCGGAUCUAAAUCCACAAUAUAGUUCCUGUUAUGUGAAGAAAAGAAUCGCAAUCACAACCCCAAUCAUCACAGUGAAUGUAAGCCGAAUAGAUACAACAACAUUAGAUGGAGGGAACUCAAUAGAACCGGUAUUUCCAGAGUCACAGUUUAACGGGAGAGCCAUAGGAACUGCAUUCAAUGUUGCUGUACCACUUGUGAUAGUUAUUGUUGUAAUUGUGGUGUGGAAGAGAAGAAGGCACAGACGAGCUGAAGAAGUAACAAGAAGAGAUACAGAUGAUGUAGAAUGUGAAAUACAUUUGUUAUCUGAGGAAAAUCAGAUUAGUGGCAAAGGGAAACAAGAAGUAAUGAAUGUUGUCGAAGAUGAGCAUGGUGAGAGGAAAGAUAACGAGGAUAGCGAUGUGAAACCGCAUGCUGAUAAAACAUCAAACAGGAUUGUCAAAUCUGCUGAUGAAUUAUUGGGCCAAACUGCCAAUCCUACUGAUGAAUCAUGGAAGCAAAAUGUCAACUCUGACCCAAAUGAUGAGAAGAAGGAAAUACAAACACAUGCUGAUGAUAAUUCUGGAGAUGAAAAUGCGGAGCUGGAGGAUGUUGUAGUAGAUAACACACUUCGUGAGAGUGAUAACGGGGGUGGGAGUUCUAACAAUGUAACAAUGAAGCACGUGGAUGAACAGGAACAUCAAAGUAAUAUAGCUGAUACACACUUGAACAGCUCAGCAGAUUCAGGUAGUGACCAGGAAGAAAAUGAAAAGGAUGCAUCCGAAGAGAUUAUAGUAACUGAAGGAAUAUUUGUUGAUUCGCUGGAAUCUAUAACCAAGAAAGAUGAAGAAGAAGGUAGCUGUAGUGAGUUACAGGAACUUUUGGAAUAUAUGUGUACAGGACCAGCGAGGAAGAUACUAUUUAAUGUUGUGAAGAUGUAUGUGGAGAAUCCACACAGUUACUUUCAAGAUGAAACAAAAAGGGCUUCAGUAAAAACAGUAUUACUACCAGAGUACCAUUCAGCCAUUGUCACUGAAGCUGAAGACAGACAUUCUAUUCCUGUAUGUUACACCAUUCUACAAUUGUCACUUAGUGUGGAACAUCGAUCAAAGUCUGGUUGGGGUAAAAAGGUAAAGGACACAGACACUGGGGUAGGAGAUGAUGUAGAGAGAGUGCAUCAAGUUCACACACUGAGUAGAGGAAUUCAGAAUCCAGAGGAAAUAUCUGUGGAUGGAUAUGUAAGGCUGUUUGAAAUGUUGAUAGGAGCUGUAGAGAGAUUAGAUAUAAAGGGGAAAUGUAGCGAGGAUUACAGGGAGAUAGUGAGGAGAUGGGAGAAUAUCCAGAGGAAGCUGUGGAUGAAGGACAAAUGGAAAACAUUCACAAACUUUAUUAAGAAAUGGUCAUAAGGAAUUGAAGGUGAUGGUCAUGUAUAUUUGCUUGUAUACACAUUUUCAUGAUU